AUGUCGGUCGACGAAUCUACCCACAAUAAAGUGCUUGUUACGGCCACCAUCACCGUACAAAAACCAAAUCUUCUUGAAAGCUUAAGAACCAAUAUUGCUGAUAAAUUGCAUGAUGCAUAUGCUGAUUGCUGGGAAGAAGCCGUCUUCGCCUUGGAGCUUGUUAACGCUCAUGAGGAUCAACCAAGCAUGUUUAAGAGUGUAUAUGUACCUAGAGAUGAAAGAUUCUCAGGGCUGAAACAGGAAGAAUUCGGAUUUAGCACCCUGAAGGCGAGGCUGCAUAGUGUAGUACCUGCAUUAUGGACGAAAUUCCUCGAUGUUGAUCAUGACUUUCCAUACAUGACAGCCGUAAACUUGCUCUUCAACGAAGGAGAAAGUAAUAAUCCUGAAAUGGUACACCAUGGAACCGUGCAAGAUUCGCUGCCUCACGUUAUCAAACAAGUUUCUGACGAGACAGAUCACAUUCUUCGUUUUGAGCUUCCCCAGUCAUUUCAACGGGAUGGAUUUUCUUGGUUUAAGGAUGAGGAGUUCGCUCGUCAAACUCUUGCUGGAAUGAAUCCUUUAAGCAUCAAGUGUCUCAAGAAAGAGGACUGGCCGUUGAAGAGUAAAUUGGACCCCAACAUUUAUGGCCCACCCGAAUCAGCAUUGAAAGUUGAAUUGGUGGAAAAUGAGAUAAAAGGAUCCAUAACCUUUGAUGAGGCAUUGAAGCAAAAUAAAUUGUUCAUAAUUGAUUACCAUGAUGCAUUUUUGCCUUACGUGAACAAAGUUUCGGAGAUGGAGGACAGGAACUUGUAUGGAUCGCGAACUUUGUUUAUCUACGAUGGUGAAACAUUAAAACCUAUUGCUAUUGAGUUAACUCGACCUCCAUAUUUUGAUGGAAAAAUACAACAUAAACAGUGGAAGGAAGUAUUUGUACCAAGAACGAGUGCCACUCGUGGUUGGCUUUGGAAGCUUGCUAAGGCUCAUGUCCUUGCCCAUGACUCUAGCUAUCACCAACUUAUCAGCCACUGGCUUAGAACACAUUGCUGCACAGAACCUUACAUAAUUGCAGCAAAUCGGUGGUUGAGUGAAAUGCACCCAAUCUAUAGGUUGUUGCAUCCUCAUUUCCGGUACACCAUGGAGAUCAACGCCCUUGCUCGACAAGCUUUGAUUAAUGCAGACGGUAUCAUUGAGAAGACUUUCACUACUGGUAAGUACAGCUUAGAGUUGUGCUUGUGCUCCAGCAUCUAUGGCUCAGACUGGCGCUUUGAUCGUGAAGCCUUACCAGAGGACCUUAAAAGCAGGGGAAUGGCAGUUGAAGAUUCAAACGCAAGACAUGGAUGGAAGCUCACAAUAGACGACUAUCCAUAUGCAAAAGAUGGUUUAGACUUAUGGUUUAUCCUCAAGAAAUGGGUUGAAGACUAUGUGCAUCACUACUAUGGAUGGGAUAAAGAAAAUAAGCUUCUUGAAAAUGAUAAAGAGCUUCAUGCUUGGUGGGAGGACAUAAAAACAGUGGGGCACGGCGAUAAGAAGAACGAGACAUGGUGGCCAACCCUAGAAACACUUGAAGGUCUAAUUGACAUUCUCACAACCAUAAUAUGGGUGACAUCAGGGCACCAUGCAGCAGUAAACUUUGGUCAAUAUGCUUAUGCAGGUUACUUUCCAAAUAGGCCUACCAUCACUAGGACUAAGAUGCCUACUGAAGGACGUGUGCCGCCUGCGAAAGCUGAUGAGCAUAAGGGUAAGGAUAAGGAUAAGGAUAAGGAUACGGAUAAGGAGAAGGAGAAGGAGCAGGAGCAGUGGGAGGCGUUCCUUAAAAAUCCGGAGAAAACGCUUCUCCGAUGCUUCCCCUCUCAGAGACAAGCUGCAACAGUUAUGUUGGUUUUGGAUGUGCUUUCAAGUCAUUCAAGUGAAGAGGAAUAUCUAGGCCAAUAUAUAAGGCCGUCUUGGGAGGUAGUACCCGAGAUUAAGGAAGCCUUCAUGAGGUUUAAAGAUGGACUACAUAAGUUAGAGGAAAAAAUUAAUGACAGGAAUAAGGAUGAAGAUCUAAAGCAUAGAUGUGGAGCUGGCAUUUUACCUUAUGAGCUGCUAAAACCUAGCUCCGUGCAAGGAGUUACUGGCAUGGGAGUUCCAAAUAGCAUCUCCAUUUGAAGAUUUUGUUGGUUGAUUUGAUUUAUUGAGCUUCCAAAGUUGUUUAGCUUCAUUUCUUUAAUUUGGUUUAAUUCAUGAUUUAGGCAUAUGAUAUGUUACAUGGCUUAUCACUUAUAUGCCUUUUGUUUGCAUGUUGCCUGCUCCUUCCGUUUCCAAUAAAUAUCACUAUUUGCAUUUUUCAA